CGCAUUUUUGGCUGGUCCGUAUCCAUAUGCUGUCCAGUGCCUUUUUUCUUCUUCAUGCAUGCACAGUAUUUUCCAUGUAUUCAAAUGGACCCAGUACACCAGUGCAGUCAGUUCCAGGUUUUGCGUGAAGGAAAAUAUGGUAAAAACGUGCCGCAUUAUGCUCAUAAUGGGAUCCAUAGUGAAUACAACCAGAAAAGACAGGUCAUCUCCACACAUACUGCUCUCUCUGCUUCUGUUCUCUCUAUUUCUCUCAAAAUAUCUGAAAUAGUUAAUUUUUUACUGUUUUUCAGUGCAUUCUGGGCAUUUGGUAAGGUCUCCUGAUGUUUAUAAACCGCUUUUAAAUGCAAAUGCACAUAAACGCGGUA